AUGGCCUUGUGGGGUCCAGUUAUCGCUCUGGCCGCGUCCUCGCCGUCGCCUGUCUCCUUCAAUGCGGAGCAAGGACGUCUGUGCUUCACCGGGGCCUUGCUUGUCCCUCUUCGCUCCAAGGAAGAAGGAAAGCGGAAAGGGCAGAACACAAAGAAUGAUGGAGACGGUGCGAACGAGGCUCCGCCGCGCGUGCUCUUGAGUGUACGGACAUUGCGUCAAGCGGUCGCGUCGCCGCUGAUGGUUCUCGACGAGCGUCACAUGCAGGCACGAUGCAAACUGUUGUUCGAGGAAGACGCCGAGUUUUCAGCGAAGGUGAUGUCUGCUGGAGACAGCGAGGCCAGCAAAUGGGGUGUCCAACUCCUCGGGGAUGUUGCUUCCCAUCCGUGCGACUGCUGCGACCUGAGCGAAGAGGAAGAAUCGGAAGAAGAAGCGCAAGAGGAAGGGGCCAUGGCGGUAGGAGAGGGGAAGAAGAGAAAGAGGAAUGCCGUGGAAGAGGAGAGUGAUGAGGCGCCUGCGCUCGUUCCCGCGGGUUCAGUUCACGGUGAAAACGCAAAGCGUGGGGAACAGAAGGACAAGGCAAACGAGGCCCAGAGGGGAAAAGUGAGGAAGACAGAUCAAGGGAAAGCGCGGUUGCUCGUGCCGACGCUCUCAGCUCCCAUUGCCUCGCUCCCGUCUCUCGCGGUCCAGCUCGCGUCGUCUCGCGGCGCAGGAGUUCGGCCAGCCACCAAGGACACUUCGCACUCACUUGCUGGCCAGAAAUCUGCAGUCACGAAGCCCCACGCUGAAAUCACCAAUAAGAGUGCAAGAGACAGACGGGCGGCGAGCGGUUCCUCUGCUUCGGUCUCGCAAGACCGGCAACAACCAAGUCGGGGUUCCCAGGAGGCGGCUAAAGCGCCCAGCGCGAAAAACCAGAAAACCCAGAAUCGAGAACAGAAUAAACGGAACGAGAACAGUACACAAGCGCCAGCGGCGACCUCGUGCCAGUCUCCUACCGCUUCGCCGGCUUCUGGUCCGCCCCCGUUGAGGGUGGGGAGCCGUGUCGCUCUGCCUUCUGGAGUGUCGUACGAGAUUUUAGCUCUUCCCUCUUCUGGAAAGAAACAGGGGGGGAAAACGGAGGUGGCGAGCUACGGCGACCGCAUGUCCAUCCAGUACAAAGGGCUGCUAGCCAAGAAUCUUCGGCGGUUUGACAGCGGCCGAAUAAAAUUUGUUUUGGGCCGAGGCGAAGUCAUUAAGGGCAUGGAGCUCGGCGUGAAAGGCAUGCAACUGGGCGAAUCGCGACGGCUACUUAUUCCCAGCGCCCUCGGGUAUGGCAAGCGCGGCGCCCCGCCGGCAAUCCCCCCCAACAGUGACCUCAUAUUCGAAUGCCGGCUGAUGAGUCUCGGCUGA